AUGUUUAAAUUCACCACUAUUGCUCAUAUAAAUAAUGAUACUACAAGACCAUUGGUUGCAUUAACUACUCGGCAGGGCAAUAGAUAUUUGUUUGGUAAAAUACCCGAAGGUGCACAACGUGUGAUCAAUGCCGUUGGAUCUGAAGUUAGAUUCCCCAAGUUGCAAAGUAUAUUCCUAACAGGGACAAUUUUUACAUGGAGCGAUAUUGGUGGAUUACCAGGCUUGUUCCUAACCAUUAGUGAUGCUACCAAAAAGGGGAUUAGAGUUGUUGGCGAGUGUAAUUUGUUGUCAUAUAUUGUUGCCACUUGGAGACAGUUUGUGUUUCGUUUGGGAAUCGAUUUGGAGAUUAUUAAUGUUGAUCAGAACCCCGUGAUUUCCAACGAGGAGAUUGUUGUUAAAUCGAUCAAAAUAGCGCCAAAGAAUUCAGCGAAGUCUGAUGUCCCAGUAGUAACUAAAGCUGAUAAAGUAUUAACUCAGAUACGAAAAUUGGCAUCACUCAUGUUUCCAUUAGACACCGGCGAAGUCAAUAGUCGUAACCCCGAGUCAUACAAAUCCGACCCGUCACUGAAGGAUAUUCACACUCAUGUUCAAUUACCAGAAGCUUCCAAAUUGAUUACUCAACAAGACUCCAUAUCAUAUUGCAUUGAAUUUGUACCAAUUCCAGGAAAGUUUGAUGCUAAAAAGGCAAAAGAGUUGGGUUUGAAACCAGGUCCAGUUUUCAAAGAAUUGGUGGCUGGUAAAUCAGCAGUCAAUGAGGCUGGAGAAACGAUAUUGCCUAGUCAGGUAGUUGGCCCUGAUCGCAUCUUGCCUAAGGUUUUAAUCAUUGAUAUACCAAGUGAAGCGUAUUACGAGCCGACAGUGACUAGCUAUCAGUUGCAGGAAAUAGAAAAUGUUGGUCUUGUGUAUCAUUUCAUUGGCGAUGAUGUCAAGUUUGACAUGCAAGAUUAUCAGCAACUGUUUCUUGAUAAAUUUCCCGCCACUACCAAACACCUCAUUAGUCACAAAUCAAUUACGAACAACAUAAUUGUAAAUGAGAAAUUUGCCUCGGGCCACUUAAAGUUGAAACUGAUUUUACCUGACAAUUUUCAAUUGAUGAAUCUGGAUCCGUUCAGGCCAUUAUCUGGUAGUGAUAAAGUGGGUCGUUUACAUGCCUUACAAUGUAUGGGUGUUGAUGAUACAGGAGUUCAUGGUGACAAUACAAAUGUAUUGCGGAGUUCGAAUUUGUCAUUAUAUGACGAGAUGACACACCUGAGUGAUAUAGCACCACCGUUUGAAACUUUACAAACAAGAUUCAACUUAUUGAAAGACAGUGCAGCUGAUUUGAAAGAUUUGGUGCACGUUAGUACCCUCGGUACUGGAUCUGCUCUCCCUAGCAUAUCGCGCAAUGUUCUCUCCAAUCUCAUCCGAAUCCCAUAUCAACACAGAGACGGCUCAAUUACAUAUCGAUCAAUCAUCUUAGAUGCUGGUGAAAACACCAUUGGUAGCAUGUUGCGUAAUUUCGGCCAUAAAGAUGAAUCCGACUUGAAACAAAUAUACAGUGAAUUGACUUUGAUUCACUUAUCCCACCUACAUGCUGAUCAUCACUUAGGUAUGAUUUCAAUAAUCAACAAAUGGUUUGAAUUGAAUAGUGGAAGCGAUAAAAAAUUGUAUUUGAUAAUUCCUUGGCAGUUUAUAACCUUUGUUAACGACUGGUACAGCUUAGAAACGCAGUAUAAUCACGCUGUUGAUUUGACCCGGUUGCAAAUGUUUAGUUGUGAGGAUUUUUUAAAAGAAGGAAGGUUGCCUGAGUACCAAAAGCUCACUAUUGAUGAAUUUGAACAAGCCUAUGAUUGUGGAGACAGACAUCGUUCCAUAAAUAAGGCCCCGUUACAACCAGUCGACAACGAUGCUAUUGCUCAGAUGUACGAAGCCAUUGGUCUUGUGUCUAUCUCGACUGUACGCGCUUUACAUUGUGCUUGGGCUUACUCAUCAACAUUCAAGUUCAUUCUUGAUUCCAACCGUGACCAACAUUUCACAAUCUCCUUUUCCGGUGACACGCGACCCAACCCAAAAUUCUGCUCCAUUGGUCAUAAAUCCGAUUUACUAAUCCAUGAAGCUUCAUUAGACUCAUUUUGGAUUGAUGAGGCAAUUGCCAAAAAGCAUACUGCUAUGAUUGAAGCUGUCGGUGUGUGUCAAUUGAUGCAGUGUCCUAAGCUACUUUUGACUCAUUUUAGUACUCGUUAUGGCAUGAGUAAUAACUGUGUGCCGAAAUCAGACUUGAGCGAAGAAGCAAAAGAGUUGGAGCUGCAAUUAAUUGAAAAGAAAGUUUUUGAUAUUUUCCGAAAUGUUAAUGUUGAUCAAUUGGCCAAUAUAGAUAUUGUUUUUGCGUACGAUUUGAUGAAUAUCAGAUAUGGUGAUUUCAAUACCCAGGAGGAGAAAUGGUCAUUACUUCAGAAUAUGUUUGAAGUUAAUUCUAAAAAGAGGAAACUCAAUGAAGAAGAGAAAGAUGACGAGAUUAUAGAUACAUUGUAA